AUGAAAGGUAAAGGUAAAAGUAAAGGCAAGAGUCGGGAUAGAAUCAGCACUCUUCCUCAAGACACAAUUGAAAAAAUUCUUACUCAUAUGCCAAUCCGAGAUGCAGUGAGGACAAGCAUCCUGUCAAGAAAAUGGAGGUAUUAUUGGACAAGCAUGCCGAAACUUGUAUUUGAUGUCAAUGUGAAUCGGGAUGCUAUGGUUACAUCAUCUAUGGUUGUAUUAUCUGGUGACGAAGAAGUCGAUAUAUAUAAGUUUGUCAAUGCCAUCUUCCACAUUUUGUUGCUACGCAGGGCUCCAAUAUUGGAAUUCAGUUUCCUUCUUGUUAUAGAAACUGAAAUCUAUAGUGAGAUUGAUCAGAUAAUACUUCACCUUUCAAAGGACAAUAAUAUCAAGAAGUUCGUCUUCAAGAUUUUGGGAAUUGACAACUACUUGAUACCCCGUUCCUUCUUUUCAUUGCAAGGAUUAGAGCACCUAGAUCUCUCGUAUUGUAGUUUUCAGUUUCCAUUAAUGAAUAAGGGAUUUAGUAGGUUGAAGAGCUUACGCUUUUGUGAGGUUGAUAUCACUCACACGAUGCUUUUUCGAUUCCUUACCAAUUGCCCCCUCCUUGAGGAAUUUACUUGGGCUAGAGACUAUAGAAACACAGUGCUUACCGAGUGUGAUUUGGUUAAGCUUUUUAAGUGUUUACCUUUAGUUCAGGUUCUGAAAAUCCACAAGUUGUAUAUCAAGGACUUGGGUGCAGGUAGUUAUAGUAUGCCACAUAAGCUCCCCAUUUCACUACCCCACUUGAGAAUACUUGUUCUUGGUGUGUGUUUCCUUGAGCUUUCGCCUGUUCUAUGUGUGAUCAACAGCUCUCCAAAUGUGGAGAAGAUCAAAGUGGAGAUGUGUUGGGACCAUUAUCGGCAGUGUAGUCUACAAACUUUCAAUAACUUGCCUGAUAUUCAAGAAGACUACUCGGGCCUCAAUUUGGAUCAUCUUAAAGAGCUGGAGAUAACAAACUUCCAUAACCAUGGUCUUGAGAUGGAGUUUGUGAAGCUCAUCAUGGGUAAGUCACCUGUGCUAAAGAAAGCACGAAUAAAGCUUAAUUCUCAUGUUUCUGUUGAUGAAGAAGUAAAGAUGCUUCGAGGUUUGCUGCACAUGCCAUUACCACGUGCAUCACCAGCUGUGAGCUUCACCAUUGAACGCCGUAAAUAUUGA